UGGACAUUUAGCACGACAACUCGUCUGGCAACGCUGGGUACUUUGUUAUUUUUUCUCCAUAAAAUGGUCUAUCAGUAUUAAAAACAAAGAAGCAGGGCAAAUAAUUACAGCAGCCUUGGCGAAUUAUCAGAUUUGGGCCACUGCCACGAGCCACUGCCGCAGUUUGAAAAAUGCGUUAAUUGCUUGAGCAGGCCGCAGAAAAGACCACACGCAAAGAGGGCGUCAACGGAAAAUAGUGGGGGAGGAAACCAGAACAAAAAGACCAGGAAAAGCGAUACUCAUCCGAAAACUCCACUGAAAACCGGAAAGCGGAGCUCCCGAGGCGAUGAGCAACCACAGAUACCACCAGGGGGGCAACUACAUGCAUCCGAGGAUGUCAUACCCCCACCACUUCACCUACGUGUCCUCGUGCGUGAAGUACAUGAUCUUCCUGCUGAACUUCCUCUUCUGGCUAUUCGGCGGCCUGCUCCUGGCCAUCGGAGUCUACGCCUUCAUGGACAAGCUGAAGGACGGCAACGGCUGGGUGAGAUUCGACACCGUCUACGACGUGAUCUUCAACAUCUCUCUGGUGAUGAUCAUCGCCGGGGUCGUCGUCUUCUCGGUCAGCUUCGCCGGCUGUUUGGGCGCACUGCGUGAGAACACCUGCCUCCUGAAGUUCUACUCCAUGUGCCUGCUCAUGUUCUUCAUCCUCGAGAUGACGCUGGCCAUCAUCUGCUUCGUCUUCCCCCAGUACAUGAACUCGUUCCUGGAGUACCAGUUCACGGACAAGAUCAUCCACUCGUACCGCGACGACUCCGACCUGCAGAACUUUAUCGACUUUGCCCAGCAGGAGUUCAAGUGCUGCGGUCUCAGCAACGCCGGCUACCAGGAUUGGAGCAAAAACGAGUACUUCAACUGCUCCUCGCCGUCGGUGGAGAAGUGCGGCGUGCCGUACAGCUGCUGCAUCAAUGCCACCGACAUCAGCUCCGGCCUGGUGAACAUAAUGUGCGGAUACGGCGUGCAGGAGCAGUCGGUGGCUGCCGCCAGCAAGCGCAUCUGGACCAGCGGCUGCAUCGAGAUCGUGCGCGUCUGGGUGGAGCGCAACCUGUAUGUGAUUGCCGGCGUGGCCUUGGGCAUCGCCCUGCUGCAGCUGUUCGUGAUCUAUCUGGCGAAGACCCUGGAGGGCCAGAUCGACCUGCAGAAGUCGCGCUGGUCGUGAGUGCAAUGCCACCAUCCGUACAUGUACGGAUACCCGCCCUGCGAGGACGACCCGUACUACAAUUCGCGGAUGUGAGGCGGACUGUUCUGGUCCUGCCCCUGCUCAAAUAGUUUCAAGCAGAAACCAACUCCUAGAAUAAUCCAUAGCUCCCUGUACACCAUCUCUUGUGUUUUUGAUAGAUUCAAGUUCUAGUGCCCCCCCAAACAGUCUUGCAAUCGUAUUCAUACUCUUCUAGAUCUAAGGAACAUAUUUAUACUCGAAUGUAUUUGAAAAUUGCAGCUCUGUGUGUUUUUAACGACAGCGAAAUUCUUAGUCACAAGCAAAGUCGAUCAAAUUAAACGUUUUACUCGUAUAUGCAAUAUCGUACUAUUUAAAAGACACUUGUAUAUAAGCUAGCCAGUUCCAUGAGAAAUAUGCAUUUAAAAUGAGAACUAUAUUUAAACGACGAAACCAAAACUGCAUGCACGUUUGUUGAACACAGCAACAUACUAGACUUAUUAGCAUUUUUAAGUAAUUGCGCGCGUGUAAGUGCGUACUCAAAUACAGGCAUUCUAUACGUGUAA